GCGUUCUAAGUGAAAGCGUGUGUAAGUGAUGCCAUGCAAAAAUCAACGAACCCGCCACAAGCAGCGACUCUUUCGUUAAGGGGAUUCUGGGGCCGUCCUCUCUCACCGCAGAUUUGUUAGCGCUAUACUCGUUACUGGCUACGCAGAAUUAAAUGUAUAUCUAUUUGCACAAUUGCAAUAUAUACGUCAAUGCAGGCGAAGAUGGUUGACUUUAUUCGAGAGACGAACGAAGUUUGAUGAUUUGUUAAGGAUUUUUAAUUCUGCGCAGCCAAUAACGAGUACUAAUAAAUUUGCGGUAAAAUAAAACGGCUCCAGGAUCCCGUUAAAUAUCGAGGAGGGAGAAAGAGAGAAUAGAGUUUAUUAUAAAUCUGAGGUGUAAAACACCUUAGGUUUACAGUAGUCAAUACAACAUUAGCAAGUAGCACAAAACAGAGGAAAAAAAAGAGAAACAAAGAGAGAUGGAGUGUUAUUUAUUUUAUUCUUAUUGUGAUUAAUAUCGUAAAUUUUUCCUUUUUCAAGGGAGAAAGAGAGAAGAGAGAUUCUAAGAAGCGUAUAGCUGGAGAGAUUCCUUAUCGCAGAGCGAGAAAACAACAUGGCUGUAACGCGCGUGCUCCGACAAAAAACAUGAAUCACUAUUGACAAUAUUAUCGGUUAACUACAAACAGACCUGCUCGGCCUGCUGGAGCCUCAAGAGGAACGAUCGAUUUGCAGUGAGCAACGAUAAACGAAAUGUUAUCUUCUGGAAACGUUGUGACAUUCCCAAGAUAAAGAGAAAAGUUCACGAAUGUCGGAGCUACUCCGGUGAAAUGAGAAAGUGCGGCGUCGAGAAGCCCACGGAUGUUACCAUCGAAUGUUCAUCAAGACCACGCGUUAACCAUUUCGACCGAACUGCUCUCGUGCAAAGGUGCGAUUUCCGGAGCCACGUCCUCUCGACGUCGAGAGACCCGAUUCGGAAUUCGUCUAAUCGGCAAUUGCGCUCUAGGAAUGGGGAAAUCACGUCGUCUGGAGACCACACGAAUCCGCUGUUCUCCGUCAGUGACGCAGGUCAGAGACCCACCUGGUCGUUGCCACUGUCACGGUACGGCUCUCCCUUCCCGCGCGGCCCUUCUUCCUCUCUCGAUCCACUGCUCCCGUUUCCUCCCGGUGAGUCGGCGCGAUCACGUAUUUUUAUUCCGAUCACAGAGCCGGACUCACGCUCAUGCUUUCGUUGUUGCAGGCGAUCUCCUCCGGAGCGGCUCGUUCUAUGCGGGUCAACUGCUCUAUUUCUCAAUCACUCGCCAACGUGCGCCGUCUGCCACGAUGUAGGUCCGCCACGGCUUCUUCUUUCACUGUCACGAUUCAAACCGUCCACCGUUAUUCGAGACGACGACAACGGCGCGAGUUCGGGGCAAGAGAGAAGAACGGAGAUGGAGAGGAAGGUAAAAAUAGAGAGAGAGGUUCACCACGUCGGUAAAAUCGCCGGAACGAAAGCCCGGUAUGUACUGGCCGUGAGCGUUAACAAGUUAAAGAGACACUUCGCGUAUGCGAGCGCGCAGCACAAGCGGAGAAAGACGCGAGCGCUGACACAUCGGCCAGCGCGCUCGUACACACAGUUAAACGCACGUACGUACGCACACACUCGUAACAAACACGCCGGAGCGACCAUAGAUUUUACUGUUUGCCUGCGCAGUCUCUCUCUCUCUCUCUCUCUAUUCUCCUUUCUCUUCGAGGAGCUACACGCUCACGGAGCACGUUUCUGAGAUGCUGCGAGC